GUCGCAGAAGAAGACUGAGGAUAUCAUUCGGCCGUCAAGAGGAGGAUGGGUUACAGUGUUGCGUAGUAGGAAAGAAGGUUGUUCCAUUGGUAGCAGGAUUUGUUUUUUAAUCUUAUGAGAAGAAACAGUACAAUGACGAGUGACACCGGUUCACGUUACUACGUGUGCUGUGUGAGCACGUCAAUGGAAAAUGUCAGGACUAAGUGUACGAGCGGUGACAAUGAAUUGUGAUCCUAGUAGUUGUCCUCGUUUGAUAAAAGAAUCCUUGUUGGGCGUCCGUUCCUUUCCUGGUCGUUUACGUUGGUACUCGAUAAUAUCGGUUUGUCGACACGGUCAACCGUGGAAUGGCAGCAGCCUUAAAAAAGAAUAAUUCACGUAGAAGGUUGGCCGCGCUAACAUUUCUUUCGAACAUCUCUCUUGAUGGCAGCCACCGCGAUACCAAGUUAGCUGUUCUUUCGCGGAACGGUGUUACUCAUACACGUACCCUCAGCGACAGUCAAGCUCAUCAGGUUGAUGUUCGCCAAACUGAUUUGAACGUUUCUACUGAAGAAGUUCUUGAUGACUGUUCAGAAGAGCAUUUAAUACCUUCAUCUACGAAGCAAACAAGUUCUCCACAAUUAGUGCCAAAGAGUGCUGAACACAAUUCGUUUAGUUCAAAUUCUGAUGGAUUGUUGACUCCUGCAAAGGCAGCAGUGGCUGUAUUCCUAGAACAAGAAAGAAAUUAUCCACAGCUGUCUACUGGAUUUCAUAGUUCAUUCAGAGAACGUACUGGUACAACUGGCAGUGAAUAUUCACUACCUGAAAGGCGAGUUGGUUCUUUACAAUAUAAAAAGCGUAUAACUCAUCAAACAUCAACACUUUCGGAAGAUAUAAAACAUCAAUAUAAUAGUUCCAAUGAGAGUAUUGGUUCUUUACGUUCUAAGCCACAAUCCACAAAAUCAAAAACAAAAACAUCAAACAAUGUGCAAUCUGGUUCUGGAAGUAGUGGCAUAAUACCAGAAGUUACAAGAGAAUUGCGUUUAAUGCAGCAUCCUGUAAAUGGUUACAAAUUUGGAGAUGAUAGACUGGUUUUGGUUUCUAAUAAACGUGUGCCAUUUCUAGUAUUUUCUGCUCUUCCAUAUAAUAAAGGACAGAGAUCUAGUUGGUCUGAAUUGCGUAAAGACACAGGACGAAGAAAAAAUAUUUCUUCACAGAGACCACUAUCAGCAAUUAAUGAUAAUAUUGACCCCUUUGGUUUAUUGGGUGUAGAGCGUGCUAAAGACGGCCAGGAAAUAUCUUAUGGACAAUUGCUUGUUCCAUCUAGGCAGUUUCAGAAGGACAAAAAAUUACAUUUUAAUGAUAAUGAGACCAUAGAACUUAUACCUAACAAGCAUCCUAUAGUUUCAAGGACAAAAACUAUUACAUGGAAUGUGGAUCACUCAAAAUGGUGUUUAUCUUAUGACACAGCUACACAUCGAGCUCAACAUUUAACACCUGAAUCUCCACCGCUAUCUUUUAAUGCUGAUUCCAAAGCUCAUGAUUGGGAUGAGCAAUCAUUACAAUAUAAUCCGAACUUAUUGGAUGAUCCGGAACUCAUAGCUGGAAAACAUAGAACACUGCUUACAUUUACAUCAUAUAUGGCAUCAGUUAUUGAUUAUGUACGACCAUCUGAUUUGAAAAAAGAAUUAAAUGAUAAAUUUAAGGAAAAAUUUCCACAUAUUCAACUUACUUUGAGUAAGUUAAGAAGUUUAAAACGAGAAAUGAGGAAAAUAGCAAAAAUGGAAUAUGGUAUUGAUCUCUUAACAGUAGCAAUGGCUUAUGUAUAUUUUGAGAAACUUAUUCUUCGAAAUGUUGUCACGAAACAAACACGGAAAUUAUGUGCUGGUGCAUGCUUACUUCUUGCAGCAAAAUUAAAUGAUGUUAAGGGUGACGUUCUUAAAUCAUUAAUAGAGAGAAUUGAAAGUGUAUUUCGUCUAAAUCGCAAGGACUUAAUUACAUCUGAAUUUGCUGUUUUGGUGGCCUUAGAGUUUGGUUUACAUCUCCCAACAUGGGAAAUAUUCCCACAUUAUCAAAGAUUAAUAUACGAGUCUUGACCUUCUUUUGCGACGUGUUUUUUACGUAGAGCCAGAACAUUUUCAUCAUAAAAUCGAAAUUUUGGAAACAAUUAUCAAAAGUACAAUGCAUAGAGUUUUUUUUAAUACAAAAAACGUACAAACUUAUA